GAGCUGCUCACCAGGCCUGCUCUGUCGCUGCCGUCGGAGUUGAAGUGGUCUGCGUCUCCGCCCAGAGCGAAGCUCAGCGUGGAGCGGGUGGAGUACCGGGGGGCCAUUGCUGCCGAGCCAGUCGACCUCGGCUUGCCGGCGCCCAUGCCGUCGGAGUGGAUCUUCCAGGUCCCCGGCCGCGAGUUGACCAAUGGCUUGUUUGCGGUCGCCAUGUCUGGCACCCCGGAUGUCUUUCCAUGGAAUUGGGAUUACCAGAAGAGCGCCAUUUUCAUGCACCACCUACCCGCCCCCUGCUCGGGCUGCAUUACUGCGUGCACGCCCGUGCCUGGCCGCGUCCUGGAGUUGGCUGCCAAGGAGGUCUGGCUCGCCAUGGCUAUCUUGCCCAUGGUCUGGGUGCACCGCGUCCCCAUCUUCCAGAGCAUCCACCGCCGCGUGGCGCUGAUAAAGGUGGCGGCUGGAGCAAAUGUGCCUCCCGCGCGCGAGUGGAGACGGGGCCGACUUGCCUCGGCCGCGGUUGCUGCUCCUCUUGCUGGCGAUGGCUCCCGCGAUCGGUGGAGUACUUACAUCGACGAUUUCGAUCACGGUGAGGCGCUCGACUGGCGGGCGGCAGUUCCGCUCAUGGGGAGCGCCAUCACCAUCAGCAAGAACAAGGCGAACCAGAGGCAGGCCCCGGUCACCCGCAUGGGUGUCGAGGUCGACGGGUCGCAGGUAGGGCCGCUGACGACAGGACCAAUAACGUGCAGCUGCAUGGCCUCACCGCGUGGCUCCUUGCCCGUGACCAUCCCCUGGUUCCCUUUGAUGGACCGCUGGGUGCGACCGCUAGAAUUCCGAAGGUCGCUCUUCGGGGUGCCCAAAGCGAUUUGGGAGCAGAUGGGCUCAGGAAGGACGCUGCCGACGAGUGGUAGCCUCGACGAGUUGGCGCAUGGCCGCCUGCCCCUGCCCCACGCGCCCACCAACCUGAGGGCGAUGGCGGCUGGCAUCGCGUCGUGCUCUGAUGCGAGCGGGGGCGACGCUGACAGGUGCGCGGCCGCGGGCGUGGCUGAAGGAGCUGCCGACUUGCGGGCUAGCCUGAGUGACCCAAGACUUGGGGCCACCGCGUCGCGGGCUACUCAGGCAGGCGCGUCGCCGGGUUGCCGCAUGCCCCAGGACUUCGAGCCCGACAGCGCCAAGGACGAGCCGCGCAUCCUGCGGGACAGCCUGUUCGACGGCAUCGGGGGCGCGAUCGCGUCGCCGGUCCGCUCGGGUUUCGUUAUCGGCGGCUACCUGAGGAGUGAGAUCGACGAAA